AUGACAUGCUUUGGACUCUAUUGUGGGAAGACCCUAUUGUUUAAAAAUAGCUCAACUGAAAUAUAUGGAGAAUGUGGGGCGUGCCCAAGAGGACAAAGGACAAAUGAACAGAAGUACUGUCAGCCUUGCACGGACCCCCCGGAACUCUAUGACUGGCUUUACCUUGGCUUCAUGGCGAUGAUUCCUCUAGUAUCCCAUUGGCUCUGCAUUGAAUGGAACGCAAAGAAUAGUAAUUCCAGAGGUGCGUUUUUCCAGCAAGUCUCUGCGUUAUUAGAAUGCAGCAUGGCAGCUGUGGUCACAUUACUUGUGAGUAAUCCGGUCGGCACCCUUGCCAUCCACUCGUGCCGGGUACUGAUGCUCUCAGAUUGGUACACGAUGCUCUACAAUCCAAGUCCAGAUUACAUCACCACCCUGCACUGCACUCAGGAAGCCGUGUACCCACUCUACACCAUCGUGUUCGUCUAUUAUGCUUUCUGCUUAGUAUUGAUGCUGUUACUUCGACCACUACUAGUGAAGAAGAUCCAGUGGCACAUAAACAAGCCAAACCAGCUGGAAAACAUUUACACAGCCCUGUACUUCUUCCCGAUUUUGACCGUGCUGCAAGCAGUUGCAGGAGGCCUCUUAUAUUAUGCCUUCCCAUACAUUGUUUUGGUGGUAUCUUUGGCUAAUCUGAUUGUAUACCUGGUUUUUGCCAAAGUAGAGAGCUACAGUGAUCUCAUUAGAAAGGACAGACUUCUGGUUCUCCUCAGCCACUGGUUUCUUCACGCCUAUGGCUUACUCGCUCUCUCCAAAGGGCGACAACUUGAGCAAGAUCUGCUCCUUUUAACGUUGGUGCCUGUCCCCACUCUAUUUUACUUUUUCACUAUCAAAUUUACCAAACCAUCACGGAUAAUCUCCGAAGGAUCCAAAGCACACUGA